AUGGCGGAAAUCAGCCAGGCCCCAGUACAGUUGAUGGCUAUGGGCACUGAGGAUGCAAAAUGCGACUUCAAGCCCAUGGAGAUGUAUCGACGACCACUUGGGGACUAUGAUGUGCUUAUCGACAUGAAGUACUGCGGGGUUUGCCACACUGACGUCGUCUAUGCCAACGGACGGACAAGUAUGUUCAUGAAGCCCAAGUACCCGGCCGUUCCGGGGCAUGAGCUGGCAGGAGUUGUGGAGCAAAUCGGCCCCAAGGUCACGAAGUUUCAGGUUGGCGAUCAGAUUGGCGUGGGGACCAUGAUCGAUUCUUGCCUUAGUUGCAAGCAUUGCAAGAACGGCGAUGAGCAAAAGUGCAAGAAAACGGUUGCUACCUAUGCUGGUGAAGAUUGGUCGGGACGAGCGGCUCCCUACCCUGCGACCCGGGAAGUGCCGGGCAAGCCUGGCAAGAAGGAGAAAGGCCCCUUGAUCGGUGGCUACAGCACGAAGUGUGUGAUCUUCGAGCGCUUCGGCGUCAAGAUCCCCAACAGCUUCCCCUUGGAGGCAGCUGGACCUGUGAUGUGUGCGGGGAUCACGAUGUACACUCCCUUGAAAGAUCACGGUGCCGGCCCUGGCGUGUCCGUUGGUGUGGUGGGCCUCGGGGGGCUGGGUAUCAUGGGCAUCAAGGUGGCGAAAGAGAUGGGGUGCCAUGUCACAGCGAUUUCUCGGUCCAGGGCAAAAGAAGAGAUUGCAAAACGGGCCGGAGCAACGUCAUACAUUGCCACUGCUGAGAGUGCUGAUCUUGCAGCAGCGACACAAUCGUUGGACAUCAUCCUUGACACCAUUCCUUGUGACCACAGCAUUAGUCCCUACAAGAAGAUGCUGCGGGAUUCAAACAGCAGACUGGUGCUCCUAGGGCUUUGCCCCCAAAUGGUUGGAGCGCUCCUGGCUGCAAACGUCCUGGGCCCAAGAUCUACGGUGACCUUCUCCAUCACAGGUGGCAUCACGAACUUGGAGGAGUUGAUGGCGUUGUGCGACAAGGCAGAGCCAAAGAUCGUCCCACAACUCAAAAUUAUGCCAGUGGAAGAACUCAACAACAUCUUCACGAUCCUUGAGACCAGCAACGAUGAAGCGCUGAGGUACGUCCUCGACUUGUCAACCCUCAAUAAAGAAACAGCAUCCAGAUGCACAAGUUCACCGCCAAAGAUGAAUGCAGGAGAGAAGCCGAUUUCUGGUGGAGAUGUCAUGCGUAACUGCUGCUCAAUCAUUUGUGGUGAGUGCUCCCCGUGUUGCUGCUGGCACUGCAUGACGUGUGGACUCUGCUGGUCGAAGAAGAGCAGGUCCAAAGUGUCUGCCUCAGAAUGA